AUGGCUCUCAAACCAGAUACCUCAAUGGAGGGCACACCAGAAUCAUCUCAAGUCUCGGUGCUUUUCCUCGCAUAUGACACUUUCAACACACUUGAUAUUCAUGGACCUCUUGACGUGCUAGGGAAUGUCGCACUCAGCGCAGAUCCUUUCAAACUUACAAUCGCAGCUCAAAAUGAUAUCAUCACUUCAGCCGAAGGAGCAAAGAUCCAACGUCACAUCUCCUUCCUCACAGCCUUUGAAACCCUCGAGAAUUAUGAUAUUCUCAUCCAACCCGGUGGUCUUUCUGACGAUAUCUUUCCUCAUCUAUAUCCACAUACAGAUAGUACAUUCUCAGACAUGCUCAACAUCAUCAAAGAAUUUUCACGACUUGGUCCAUCAUCUCGUUUACAGAGCCGGCGGAUAAUAAUGUCAAUAUGUACCGGAGCACUCUUUCUUGGCUCUGCGGGUAUAUUCUCGGGUCUGAACGCUACGACGCAUUUUCUCACUCUUCCGAAACUCAAAAUUAUCUGCGACGCAUAUACCGCGAAGAAGCCAUCCUAUAUCCCAACAACUAUCAUACCGAAUCCUGCUUCCUUAAAUUUCAGAUAUGUGAAGGAACAAUUGAGUUUAGACAAGAAAGUUAGGGUUAUUAGCAGUGGAGGUAUUAGCUGUGGGAUUGAUGCUACACUUUACCUGUUGGCCUUAGUGAAGGGAAUAUCGCCUGCUCUAGCUGUAGCAAAAAUGAUGCAAUAUGCUUGGAGAGAGAUGCCAUGA